GCUCUCCUUAUGAGUCCCGGGGAGGUCGUGAGUUUAGGGAGGGCUCUGUGAAUACACUUUCAGGGCGCCGUCAUGUACCACCACGGGUGCUCGUCGUCCUAGCGCGGACCGUCGGCUCCGGUUCCGUCGAGUGUGUAUGAAAACUGAGCUGGAGUUGAUAUAAUGUCCCAUUUGGACGGGAGAUGGCGGCGUCAAUCGCUGGUGUACUUUGGCAAGGUAUAAGACUCAUCAGCGAAUGUCGCAGCGGGCGGUGUUCCGGGAGGCAAUGAGGGUAUCUUCCCGGAGGCGUAGAUGCAAAUCUGAAGAUCUGCAGUCAUUUACUUAUCGCAGUACUCGAUGAUUUCAAGUUCUCGAAAUAAUUGCACCUGCGCGGACGUACCCUUCUGAUUCGGAAGCUCGGCCGGUCGGAUGCGACGAACGAUGUCAGAGACGGCUCCUCGCACACCAAAAAUCGCGUCGGAGUCAAUGAUUUCGUACUGAACUGCCGGCGCUGCUCCGCGAGCCGCGAGCUGGCCUGGAGUGAGCCCGAGUUUCCGGCGCGGCGCGAGCGGUACCUGGGCCUCUCAGGCGCAGCUGCGCCGUCCGGGCAGGUCGCCGAGGCUCGUCAUAGAGUCAACUGGGCGUGUUGGUCUGGUCUGCAGCGGCUCCGGCCGUCUGCACCGCGCUGGCGCCGUGGAUGGCCACCGCCCAGAUCGUU